CGCUCAGUACGCCUCCGCCGCGCCGCCGGUCCGCCGACUCGGUAACCCCUAAAGAUGGCAGAGGCUCAUCAGGCCGUGGCCUUCCAGUUCACGGUCACCCCAGACGGCAUCGACCUGCGGCUGAGCCAUGAGGCCCUGAAGCAGAUCUGCCUCUCCGGGCUGCACUCCUGGAAGAAGAAGUUCAUCCGGUUCAAGAAUGGCAUCAUCACGGGGGUGUUCCCGGCGAGCCCCUCCAGCUGGUUCAUCGUGGUGGUGGGCGUCAUGUCAUCCAUGUACGGCAAGGUGGAUCCCUCGUUGGGGAUCAUCGCGAAGAUCAGCCGGACCCUCGGCAGCACGGGCUACAUGUCCAGCCGGACACAGAACGUGGUCAGCGGCGUGCUUUUCGGCACGGGCCUCUGGGUGACCCUCAUUGUCGCCAUGCGCUACUCCCUGAAGGUGCUGCUCUCCUACCACGGCUGGAUGUUCGCCGAGCACGGCAAGAUGGGCCGUGCCACCAGGAUCUGGAUGGGCAUGGUGAAGAUCUUCUCGGGCCGGAAGCCCAUGUUGUACAGUUUCCAGACCUCGCUGCCUCGCCUGCCCGUGCCGGCCGUGAAGGACACCACGCAGCGGUACCUGGAAUCCGUGAGGCCCCUUAUGAAGGAAGGAGACUUUGAACGGAUGACGGCGCUUGCUCAAGAUUUUGCUGUCACGCUGGGACCCAAACUGCAGUGGUAUUUGAAGCUGAAGUCCUGGUGGGCCACAAAUUAUGUGAGUGACUGGUGGGAGGAAUACGUCUACCUGCGCGGGCGCGGGCCGCUCAUGGUGAACAGCAACUACUACGCGAUGGAUUUCCUGUACGUCAUCCCAACCCCCAUGCAGGCGGCGCGCGCGGGCAACACCAUCCACGCCAUCCUGCUGUACAGGCGCAAGGUGGACCGCGAGGAGAUCACGCCGAUACGCCUUUUGGGCUCCACCAUCCCCCUCUGCUCCGCCCAGUGGGAGCGCCUGUUCAAUACUUCUCGCAUCCCCGGUGUGGAAACAGACACCCUCCAGCACCUCAAGGACAGCAGGCACAUCGUGGUGUACCACAAGGGGCGUUACUUCAAGGUCUGGCUGUACCACGACGGGCGGCUGCUGAAGCCCCGGGAGCUGGAGCAGCAGAUGCAGAGGAUCCUGGAUGACUCCUCGGAGCCCCAGGCGGGGGAAGCCAAGCUGGCGGCCCUCACCGCGGCUGACAGAGUGCCCUGGGCCAAGUGUCGCCAGGCCUAUUUCGGACGCGGGAAAAACAAGCAGUCUCUGGACGCCAUCGAGAAAGCAGCGUUCUUCGUGACGUUGGAUGAAACGGAGCAGGGCUACAGAAAGGAAGAGCCGGAAGCGUCCAUGGACAGCUACGCCAAGUCCCUCCUGCACGGCAAGUGUUUCGAUAGGUGGUUUGACAAGUCCUUCACCUUCAUCGUCUUCAAGAACGGCAAGAUGGGCAUGAACGCAGAGCACUCGUGGGCCGACGCGCCCAUCGUUGGCCACCUCUGGGAGUACGUCAUGGCCACGGACUGCUUCCAGCUGGGCUACGCGGAUGAUGGACACUGCAAAGGGGACCCCAACCCCAGCAUCCCGUACCCCACCAGGCUGCAGUGGGACAUCCCCGAGGAGUGCCAAGAGGUGAUCGAGGCGUCCUUGAGCAGCGCGACGCUCCUGGCCAGCGACGUGGAUCUCCACUCAUUCCCUUUCCACACCUUUGGGAAAGGUUUGAUCAAGAAGUGCCGGACCAGCCCGGACGCCUUCAUCCAGCUGGCCCUGCAGCUGGCUCAUUACAAGGACAUGGGCAAAUUCUGCCUCACGUAUGAGGCCUCCAUGACCCGGCUAUUCCGAGAGGGGAGGACAGAGACCGUGCGCUCCUGUACCACGGAGUCCUGCAACUUCGUGCUGGCCAUGAUGGACCCCACCCAGACGGUGGAACAGAGGCUCCGCCUGUUCAAGCUGGCAUCCGAGAAGCACCAGCACCUGUAUCGCCUGGCCAUGACCGGCGCGGGCAUCGACCGGCACCUCUUCUGCCUCUACGUGGUGUCCAAGUACCUGGGCGUGGAGUCCCCUUUCCUGAAGGAGGUUUUAUCGGAGCCCUGGAGGUUGUCGACAAGCCAGACUCCUCAGCAGCAGGUGGAGCUGUUUGACUUUGAGCGGAACCCAGAGCACGUCUCCGGCGGAGGGGGCUUCGGGCCGGUUGCGGACGAUGGCUACGGCGUGUCCUACAUCAUCGUGGGCGAGAACUUCAUCCACUUCCACAUCUCCUCCAAGUUUUCCUGUCCUGAGACGGACUCCCAUCGCUUCGGAAUGCACCUGAGACAAGCCAUGACCGACAUCAUCGCUCUGUUCGGGCUCAGAUCUAACUCCAGGAAGUGAUGGCCGGGAGCCCCCCGAGCAGCAGCAGGGACCCUCCUGGAGCGAGCCAUGUGAUCACAGUCCGGGAUGGAAACUCACCUUAGAAAAGCCCACGCUUCCCUAGACCAGCCAAGUGCCGCCCUCCCCUGCCGGGCCCGCGCCCCUCGGCAGCAGCUGCCCAGGUGCCCCAGGGCUGGUGGGGGGAGGGAUGGCAGGGCGGUGGCAUCCUGGAGGAGGGGGACGUCCUGCCCGUGGACCUCAGGGCGGCCGACCAGCCGCCAGCCGGGGCGUCAGGGCCUCUUACGUCAUCAUGGCCGUGUGAACGCUGGCUGUGUUCAGGGACAGGUGGGUUGUGUUGUUGAAGAGCGCCGACACGUCACGUCACGCACCGUCAGGGGGUGCCGUGGCUGCAGGCAGGCACUGUCCCCGUGGGCAGCUGUCUUGAUCCGUAGGCCAUGUUCCCCUCUGGGUGAGCAGUGAGCCCCAUGCUGCGUCCCUAGCUUCCCAAGUCCUCCAAACGCAGUGCCUUAGGGUGAAACGCCCAGAUGGAAGGGUCUUCUGGGUGACGUCCCCCAGGAGGGCCCUGGUGGCAGUGUGUUCCCCUCACAUCGGUGACCAUGGGCCUCCCUCCAAAGCGUUGGCCGUGACUGCCCCGUGGCUAGAGGGAGCAUUGCUCUGUGACUGUCCUGUGGGACUGGCGUCUGUCAGCUGGCAGGCAUCUGUCAGGAGGAGGAGGAGGGCUGUGACGGCAGAACCUGUGGAAGGACAAAUACAGCAGGUGCCUGAGGACCGCUGUCUCCAGAGAACCACUGUGCCGGAGACAGGAUGGCCGUGCUGUGGUCCUGGCGCCCGCUCCCUGGCGCCCCACCUGCUCAGAGGGGUGCCUUGAGCCGCACAUGGGGGGCAGGGCCAUCCAGGAGUGGAGCUGAGUGGGGCCAUGGCAGGCGCAGCCUGUCCCACGGACAGCAACUCUCCGUGGGCGGCCUCUUGUGAAUCCAGAGCUCCACAGGCCGAGCCGCUGUGCUGCGGGGGCCAAGUGCAGCCCUGUGGACCCACAGUCCUCUGCUCCGGGCUCCCCUGACUCCUCUGUUCUAACCGGGCCUGCCUCUUCCUGCCUGCUCUACGCUGAUGGUUACAAUAGCCUGGCCUGACCUGCGGGCACCAUAGAAGAAAGUUACCCGUUUCGUUAUGUUUGUCUUGUAGUGUGGAAAUCCCAUCUAAAUGUACCUGAGGUUUGUUUUUCCUUCAAGAUCUGAAAACAGCAGGGCAGAAAAAAACAGCAGCAGCUCCCCGAUCCCUGUGUCCAGCCGGGUCGGUGCGGACAAGCUGGCACCGCUGCCAGGGCCAGCAGAGCUCCCCGCAACGCCGGCGGCGACCACCGGCCACUCUGCCGGCCGAGCGU